GUUUUUCAGGAAAAAUUAGAUAUGUCGAUGUAUCCAGUUGAAACUAUUAGAAACUUCAGUAUUAUAGCUCAUGUAGAUCAUGGCAAAAGUACACUAGCAGACAGAUUGUUGGAACUUACAGGAACAAUUGCUAAAACAGACCGUAAUAAACAAGUGCUGGAUAAACUGCAAGUGGAACGCGAAAGAGGAAUUACAGUUAAAGCACAAUCUGCAUCUCUCUUUUACAGUCAUCAAGGAGUAAACUACCUCUUAAAUCUUAUUGACACGCCAGGCCAUGUAGAUUUCAGCUAUGAAGUAUCACGGUCACUGUCUGCCUGUCAAGGUGUCAUACUUGUAGUGGAUGCAAAUGAGGGUAUUCAGGCUCAGACAGUGGCAAACUUCUAUCUUGCUUUUGAAGCACAGCUUGCAAUAAUUCCUGUCAUAAAUAAGAUUGACUUGAAGAAUGCAGAUCCUGAAAGAGUUGAAAAACAAAUUGAGAAGCUGUUUGAUAUCCCUAUAGAUGAAUGUGUAAGGAUUUCUGCUAAACAAGGAACAAAUGUUGAAAGAGUUCUUCAAAAGGUCAUUGAGAAGAUUCCACCACCUCAGUGUGAAACUGCUCAUCCAUUGAAAGCCCUAGUAUUUGACUCCACCUUUGACCACUACCGAGGUGUUAUAGCUAACAUUGCACUCUUUGGUGGGGAGAUUCAGAAAGGGCAUAAAAUUGUGUCUGCGCACACAAACAAAAGAUACGAAGUUAAUGAAGUUGGAAUUCUGACUCCAAAUGAACAGCCAACACAUAAGCUAUAUGCUGGACAGGUGGGCUACCUGAUCGCUGGAAUGAAAGAAGUAACAGAAGCCCAAAUAGGAGACACACUGUUUUUGCAUAAACAGCCAGUGGAACCUUUGCCUGGCUUUAAGUCAGCGAAGCCAAUGGUUUUUGCAGGAAUGUAUCCUGUAGAUCAAACAGAAUAUAAUAAUCUCAAAAGUGCUUUGGAAAGGCUGACAUUGAAUGACUCCAGUGUAACUGUUCAUCGUGACAGUAGCCUUGCCUUAGGAGCUGGAUGGAGGUUGGGUUUCCUUGGUCUUUUACAUAUGGAAGUUUUUAAUCAACGUUUGGAGCAAGAGUAUAACAUAUCUGUUAUUUUGACUGCACCUACAGUUCCAUAUAAAGCUAUUCUUUCCUCAGCAAAGUUGAUAAAG